UUAGUCCGCAUUCGUUCAAAGCAAGGUACUGUUCGCAUCGAAGUUGAUCCAACUGACGAUAUUUCGGUGCUUGGCACAAAGAUUGCGAAUAAUUUAAAUAUUGCUGACCAUUCUUCGAUUACUAUAUCUGAUAAGCCUACAACUUCCACUCCAAUAAGAGAUCUGGUGGGAAAAAGUAUCAGUGAACUUGGAAUUAGACACGGUGACCUUCUUUUCAUUACAUAUCAAGAAAAUGUUAUCGCCGAAUCUUCACAAGCUAAUAAUGUAGAAACUAAGGCAUCAAUGUCAUUCGAUAUAAAGCAAGAUCCUAUUGAUGAUUUUCUAGAAAAACAAGAUGGAUUGAUAAAACAAGAACCCGAUCUCCGUGUAAAAAAAAACUGUUCGGGCACUCAUGCGCCAUGGCCUGAAGGCAUAUGUACAAAAUGUCAGCCUGGUGCUAUUACUUUACAACUUCAAGAAUAUCGUAUGGUUGAUCACGUAGAGUUUUCAGCAUCAAGUUUAAUUAAUAAUUUCAUUCAUUUUUGGCGGUCAACUGGUACUCAACGGUUUGGAUAUUUAUAUGGACGAUAUGAACAAUACCCUGACGUUCCAUUAGGUGUAAAGGCUGUAGUCGAAGCUAUUUAUGAACCGCCUCAAGAAGAUGAGGUCGAUGGGUUGACACUUAUUCUUCCAUGGAAUGAAGAAAAGUUAGUGGAUGAAGUUGCCAUGAAUUGUGGAUUACAAAAAAACAAGCAUCCAACAAUUUCAAAAUGGUGCGCAUCGGGAAAAUUUAAUAGUAGAUUUGUCACUUGUGUUGUGACAGGCAACACUAACGGUGACAUUGACGUCUCCGCGUAUCAAGCGUCAAAUAUUUGUACGUCUAUGGUAGCUGAAGAUAUUAUUGAGGCUAGUGUUGAUCCAAGUAUUGUUCGAGUUAAAGAGAGUACAUCUGAGAAAUACGUUCCAGAAGUGUUUUAUAAAUAUAAGAAUAACUACGGCGUUAAUGUUCAAAAAAGUGCAAAACCUUGCUUUCCAGUAGAAUAUUUGUUAGUUAAUGUAUGA